AUGAAUCGGUACUCUUUGUUGUAGGAUGUAUAGAAAUCAUAGAUGAAGAUUUAUAUAUAUACGCUACAGAUAUUUCUCACGUUGAUAUUAGCUCUGUGGUUAAAAAAAAGGUCUCUAAUUUGAAUAAUUCUCAGUUCACACCUGAAAUGUAUAAAUCUGUUCGAUCAAAACUCUUAACCGCCCAUCAAAGUGCCAGUGAAAAUUCAUCCAAAGUGCCUUCAGUUGAAACAAAUAAACGUUCAAUUGAUUUAACUCUUAACGAUCCUCCUUACUCAAAACAUGUAAAAGUAGAAAAUAAUGAGGAUAAUGAUAAUAAUGGUGGGCAAAUAAUUGAACGUAAUGAAGAAUAUGUAAAUGAAAAUAUCGAAUAUGAAAAUAAUAUUAUUAACGAAAACAGAAGAAUAGUGCAGAAAAAUAAAGGUAAAGAGAAGAUAAUACAAUCUGUGAUACAUAAUACGAGAAGUCGAACUGAAAAAUCUAAAAAUGUAAAUGAAAAAGA